GAGCGUGGGGCAUGCGCAGCAGAGUUCAUGUCCUCUUUCAUUGACAAGCUUCUUUUCCCGGCGCCCCAGCCAACAUAUGGGAAGGAUGCUUUCAAAAAGCACCUGUGUUGGAUCCCGUGGAAUGAAGCUGUUUCUCCGGAACGUGCUGAGGAUGAAAGGUUUGCCGAGGGAAUCCCGUGUGUUUGGCUUCCCGCUCCGCGUGCUGCGGGCGUCAUACUCUUUUGCCAUGGCAACGCAGAGGACUUGGGCAUGUGCUUUCCCUUUGUGCGGCACAUGAGGGAUCAGUUCAAGAUGAAUGUCUUGGCGGUGGAGUAUCCUGGUUACGGUCUGCUCCACGGCAUCUCCUCUUCCUCUGAAGCCGCAUUGAAAGAGGUUGCAUUAACUGCCUUUCGCUUUAUCCUGGAUGAGCUGAAAGUUGCGUACGAGCAGAUCAUCCUUUUCGGCAGAUCCGUGGGUUCCGGGCCCACGGUCUACCUGGCAAGCAGGUUUCCUGUCGGUGGCCUCAUCCUGGUGGCCGCCUUCGCUUCCGUGCGUGAGGCGGCGAAAUCGCUUGUGGGCCCUUUUGUGGCAAAUGUACUGGAAGAGCGCUUUCCGAACAUUGCUCUUAUAGGCAAUGUUUCAUGCCCGACGCUGUUCAUCCACGGUGAGAAGGACAGCUUGGUCCCGCCUUCUCACUCCGUGGCCCUCUUCAAACAGUGCCGAUCACGGAAGCUGUUGAUUACACCGCCAGGCAUGGAGCACAACACGAACCUGUUUGUGGAUGCUCAGUACUUGGCCGUGCCAGCUAUCAAUUUCUUCGGUCUUCCAGGCUACCAGCAGGAGUCCCCUCCGCAGAUGCCGAGCCGAUACUUCGAGGAUGGGCGACAGGCGUUUCUGCUUCGCAAAGCAGCCAGGAGGAAUCAGGGCGUGGAGUCUUCAGCUGACAGCAGUCCCUGGUUCUACUUCUGCGGGUGCCCGACCUCGCGCGUAAGGCGAGAUGAGGGCUUUGCGCCAGAUCGACCACAGUGUGAGUGGGAGCCUGGUGACCGUAACGGAAUUUCUGAUGACCAGGCCGUUGCUGGUGCAGAUGCCCCCCGGAGGCAAGGUGAUGUCGCAUCAGAGCGAAGUUGGCAGGUCGGGACAUCAGUGGAACAUUGGAAAGAAGCGCAG